GAGGGGGGAACAGUGGACGCUUCUCGGCGCUGUCGGCUCUUUGGAGAGGAACCCUCAGCUGCUCUCCGGCAGCGAUUCGGCAUCGCUCCUCCUUUCUCCGCUCCAGCUAGUCGGAGGUGGCGGCAGCAGCAGCAGCAACAGCAGCAAUAGGACGGCGGGCGGGCGGGCGGACUGGCUGGCUUGUUCAUUUCCCCUUUAUUUAUUUAUUUUUCGGAGAAGUGGCGUUUGCAGCCGGGGGGGGGGAGGGGUGUGUGCGCAGAGAGCCGACCGCUCCGGAAAGUCAAAGUGGGCUCGCAGUUGCUCUCUCCGGGAAAGGGGAGAGCGGGCCUUCCCUCCGCCGAAGGAGGCGGGCGGCUCGGCUGCUGUUUCGCCGUUGCGCGUUUUGUUUUACGCGGCGCGAAGGAAGCCCCCCUCGCUCCCGCCAUCGGGGCGCAGCGCCGCGGUGCGGAUUGUGCGCGCUCGGCGCCCAACUAGUUCCUCUUUCCGCCGGGCAGCCGCCGCCGGAGACACUCGGUCAUCAUCGUGCCCGCCGGAGGAGGAAAAACCCUGCGAGCCAAGUUUGGCACCGGCGGGGAGGGCGACGGCGAGGCGGCGCAGGGGAGGGAGGGCGAGCCGAGAAGAAAUGCCAGCGCCCGUGAUUUGUGGCUGAGCUGCUCCCCGGCGAAAGCUCCCCGGCUGCCAGCCAACCCGCCCGCUUUGCCCACUGCUCGCUCCCCUCGUCUGGCACCGAUGCGCCACCCCGAGGGUCGUCUCGGGCGCCCUUCGCUGCGCGGCGCCGUGUGAUCUCUCCGGCGCUCCACCACCCCCACCGACGGCGUCGUUCUUCGCCCCGCUCAACGCACUUUUAUCGUUAUCAUCAUUAUUAUUAUUGGAAAGGGGGAGUCUCUUUUCCCCCUCGCUGGGUGUUCCCCCUCCUUCCUAAAAUGACGAUCGGUUUGGGAAGCUCCUUCUCUUCAUCAUCAUGGCCAACGGGACGGGGGCGGCGGCGGUCAUGCUGAAAUGCGUGGUGGUCGGCGACGGGGCGGUGGGCAAAACUUGCCUGCUGAUGAGCUACGCCAACGACGCCUUCCCGGAGGAAUACGUGCCCACCGUCUUUGACCAUUACGCAGUCAGUGUGACAGUCGGUGGCAAGCAGUAUCUGCUUGGGCUAUAUGACACUGCAGGACAGGAAGACUAUGAUCGCCUGAGGCCGCUGUCGUACCCCAUGACUGACGUCUUCCUCAUCUGCUUCUCGGUGGUGAAUCCAGCUUCCUUUCAGAAUGUGAAGGAGGAGUGGGUGCCGGAAUUGAAGGAAUAUGCGCCGAAUGUGCCCUAUUUGUUAGUCGGAACCCAGAUUGAUCUCCGUGAUGACCCCAAAACUUUAGCGAGGCUGAAUGACAUGAAGGAGAAACCAAUUUGUAUGGAGCAGGGACAGAAAUUGGCAAAAGAGAUAGGAGCCUACUGCUACGUGGAGUGCUCGGCUUUAACCCAGAAAGGACUGAAGACGGUUUUCGAUGAAGCUAUCAUAGCCAUUUUAACUCCAAAGAAACACACGGUGAAAAAAAGAAUAGGCUCGAGGUGCAUUAAUUGCUGCCUGAUCACGUGAGACCCGCCGGGGCGAUGGCCGCACAUGCUGUGAAAUAUCCAAUACCGUGCAAACAUACACUUAAAACAACAACAACAACAACGCUCUAUCCACAGAUCCGAGAUCAAUUGGGAAGUUGAUUGGGCAAAAUCCAGAAUGUGUGGGAGGGGAAUCCCAACUCAGUGAAGGAGCAAGCAGCAUCUGUUACAAACACUUUAUUCAGGCUGGAAGGAAAAGUACAAUCUCUCAGGGGUAACAUAAUUUAGGACAAGUGACAGACGUAUCAUCAUGUUGCCACAGCAAGCAAAACGUGCUGUGAGGAGGAGGAGGAGGAGGAGGAAGGCCUGACGAUGCCCCAAAAGUGUUUCAAUUGCCUUCUGCUUUGACUGUGGUCUUCGCGCAGUCACGACGCCAGGAAUCAGCACAGCAACAAAAAACGCCUUCUCUCUUUGCGCCAGCUACCUGCUUUUGUACGUAAGCUGCUUCCUGUUCCAGUAUAUCCACAAAGGUGCAAUAAGGAGACCGGCCACGUAGCCAAAGGUCGCUCCGAGCGAACAGGAAAUGGGCCACACCUGAAGGGAAAGAAUUGCCACGUGGAGAGAGGAGAGAAAGGAAGAGGUCAGACCCUCGACGUACUUUUAGGAGCACAAGUUUCCCGUGCAAUCGAACAACGAAACCAAAAUGCGGUACAGGAUCCAUUGCAGAGCUUGACCUGCUUUCUCAGAGAAUGCCAAAAGUGUUAGCGGUUCAUCACGCAUCUAUUACGUGAACACUAAAUGUUGUACAGUUUUUAAACAUGUGUGCAUUAAAAUGUAACUAGGCUUUCUGGCUAUUGCAGAUGAUGACACUUGAUAAUUCCCAGAACUAACAUGGAACAUUUUAACCCACCAGUUUUGGGGGCUGGGCUGCUGAUGUGCUCCUGCUUUGCUAUUAUUAUUAUUAUUAUUAUUAUUAUUAUUAUUAUUAUUAUUUCUGUAAUAGUGGAUUGUUAAUAUAGCCUGUACUGCUUCCUUUCUGCUCCCCCCCCUCCAAAGUCAUGGCAUAUUUUCAUUGCUGAAAAGCUGUGACAAAGCGUUUAGCCACAAAGCACAAUUUGAACGAAGCAUUACCAAGGAAGACCAUAGACCAGGAGUAGACUUAAAGUAGAUUGGGAUCUACUGGCAGACCUCUGGGUGGCUUCCAGUAGAUCACCAAGGAUUUCUGACUCCCAAUUGUUUAACAAGGGCAACAACUCUGCAGCCAAAUUAGGUUGCUGAAGGGUAUGGGGAAAAGCCUAGGAAUGGAUAACUGUGAAAGGGCUGUGAGAUAAGUUCUGGCCUUGAAAUAAAUUCGUAAGCUGAGAUAGAGCCCUUAAUUCUUUGUUCACCUCUAUUUCUGAGCUACGCUUCUUCACUUGGUGCUUGCUGGUGGACACCUGGGGAUUCUAGAAGUAGAGGGAGAGGGGAAAGACCCCAAAGUAGAUCUGCAAGCUUGAAUUAACACCAUCUCUGCCAUACACCACAAGGAAAGCAAGAUUCGGUUGAGGACAAAUUGUCAUGCUCUGCUUGAGAGGUUGCUAAAAGUUGGGGGAGGAAGUCUCUGCAAAACCGGCCUCUGCCUCCCUGCCAGGAAGACCAUUGUCUUCCCGGCAUCUUUGGGGUUUGCUAACUCCCCCCUCCCCCCUGCACCCCACAAGUGCUUUUCUCGAUUGAAAAGGCUGCAAGCACCUGAAAGUUGGUGAAUGGGGCCCAACAAAGUUAUUCAGGUUUUGAAAACAAAAUAGGAACUGUCUGAUUAAUCAGACAAGGUUCCAUUCUAAUCCCAGCAUCCUAACUAGUGGCCAAGAAGAUGCCACUAGUUAGAAAUUGACAAACUGCACUACAAAGUAGUCCUAGUUUUUACUCACAAGUAGCUACUGUCCUGUGAUGUUACAAGUCACAGCAGUCAGCAUUUUAGAUGAGGGAUUCCCUCCGGUGUGAGAGGAGAGAGGCCCCCUUCUAAUAUUUUACCUGCUGCUUCAGUUUUUAUAAUGCCUUACAUAAAAAUUAGAUUAACAUAAAAGCCAGCUAGUUGCCAAGUUAAAUAGUGAGGUUUUUAAAAUAAAAUAAAAAACAUCUUUAAAAAUGGAUGCAUUUCAAGUGAAGCCAUGGCUGACUUAAGUCCCACAUUCUACGUAUCAACUAACUCUGAACCCAACCCAAAGUAAAUAAAAUAGAUAAAUGUAUGUGCAAAUGUUUAAGAACCCCAAAGUGGUUGGCGUAAACUAACCCUGCUCAAAAUUUGACUUCUUAAAGGAUCAAACUAAUCAAAGAUUUAAAUAUCUGCACAGAUAUAGAGGAGCAAAACUGGAAAAAAAAAUAGGCUCAUUGAAAUGUCCCCAUGCAUUUAAACUCUUUGUAGCUCCUAGCAAAAAGGCUCUUCACCUGUGAUUGCAAACUAGUGACACACUACUUGGUUGUGUCACCACAGCAGUCUUCCACAACCAUGAAAACUACAAACUUUCUACUUCUAAAGUCUCCCGAGAUCAUGACAUCUCUGCCAGGGAACCAAAUUUGCACUCGCACACUGCAAAAGUGUGGAAUACAAAUAAUCCCGGGUGCGAGACUGAUGUAUUCCCUGACCAAGCAAGCAUCAAAGGAACAAUUGUAUGCAGUAGUGAACAGUGUCCCCCCAACCUUGCAGUUAUUAUGCCGGGGCAGUCAUCGCUGUAGAUUAAAACAUAAUGGCAUCGUUGUGUGCGCUGAUGGCGAACUGAUGCCAAAUGCUGAUACUGUCCCAGUGGUUCAACAGUGGCCAACAUUUGUUCUAUGAUGCUGAAGCCCUAUGCAAAUAUUCUAAACAAGCGCACUGUCUUGGCUCCCUGCCCUGACAGUCAGGUGCUUGGAGUCACAUUCAAUUCAGGGCCGUUGCAUGAAGAGCCCAGUGGGCAUCACUCUGAUCUGCACGACUCGUGCUCCUCACAAGUGUGUCUGCGCAUACAGCGACCACACAGAAAGCAUCUUCAUGUGCCGGGCUCUACUGUGUGUUAGUAUCAAGCAAUGCCUAAGCAGAUACCCCAGGAAUGGGACACAGGGCGAGGCUAUCCCAAUCCAUGCAUAGGGACGGCGUUCGAAUGAACAUUUAAGAACUCUGGAGUGGUGGGAAAGUGGUGCCUUGCAAGGGAAUGCUGCAAGCACCAACAUACAGGCAGCUAGCUGGGCAAUGAGCAAUUAUUCUAAGUAAUAGGUUAGAAAAUGUUCUUGCUGCCAAUGAUUCAUUCUGACCUUGACUUGAAUAUUCCGGCAAAACAGAAAGCUGAUUUUCAGCAGUGAGCGAAAGAAGUAAAUAACAGACUCCCCCACUUUUGAAACCUGAUUGCCUCCAUCACAACAUAAAAGGCCAACUUCUAUUAACUUAAAAGCCGCAACUUGUUGAGAGGCGAGGGAGCAAAAUAUUGUGCUGCAGUCCAGGUUCUGCCGUUUUAUUGCGCACUCUGGGUACAGACCAUCCUCACUGUGCAUUCUGUUUUUCUGAGAUGAGUAUAUGCUACAUUUCAUUCAUCUUUACAACAGGCACGAUUUGUUCUCCUCGCUUUUUCCGUUCUCCCAUCUCCUGGACAGCAAACAAAGUGCAACCCAGGCAUGUGAGAAAAUGGGCUUUCGUUCUCUAGCUUUUCGCUUCUGUCCCAAGCUUGCAUUGCACAAACUCCAGGAUGGAAGUAUUUGAGGUGAGGAGGCAGAGGAAAGAGCUGGUGGCUUCCACUUCUGCAUUUUUUCUUCUGCUAGCCAUUAAUAUUUUCCUUGCGACAUGUUAAUAAAACUUUUAUUUUUGCUACCCGGAA